UGAUAGGCUCUUAGGAGAUCGGUUCACUUCGAUUCGUUUUAUGCCUUAAAUAACACUAUGCGUGUCCGACAGUUUGAUAUGUUUGAUACUUGCAAAAGUAUCUUGAAUAGUGGAGAAGCCUUUUUCACGACCGGAUACGUCCCGGAUACGUGGGGAUACUACGGGGUUCCAUUUAUUAUUUUACAAAAUUGAGGGGUUAAAACAAAAAUAGAAAAAGAAGAACCGACCUAUUGUUCUCGGCAGAGCAGUCUAUAUUCGCAAGAGAGAGAGAGUAGAGGACUCCACUAGAUCUACUUCGACAACCAAAAGCCUUCGAUUGAACUCGAAUCUCUCCACCAGAUCUGCUAUGCCACAAGGAGAAGAAGAAUAAGAUAUGUUGUAUUGUGAAUCCCUCUUUAGUUUUGGUGCUUGUUGUACUACGAUUAAACUCGAACAAACAUCCUUGCUGCUGCACGGUGUUGCUGCUUGGUGUUUGUUUGAGAAAGAGAGAGAGAAGAGGACUCCAGUAGUUGCGAGUUUAGAUGAAGAUUUUUUGAUCUUAUUAGUUGCGAGUUUAGAUGAAGAUUUUCUGAUCUUAUGUAAGUGGAUCAGAAGCAACAGUCCUUUGUUAGGGCUCUUUAACCAGGGGCUUGUUGAGAAAAGUACUUUU